AUGGACCACGACAACCGGGCCGCAUGGCCGUUCCGCCAGCAGGCUUGCUCCUUGACCACCGAGACCCAGCCCAGCCUCAGCUGGCAGAAGUGCGCCGCCGGUGGCUCUUGCUCCAACGUCUCCGGUUCCGUCACCAUUGACGCCAACUGGCGAUGGACCCACACCGUCUCCGGCUCCGAGAACUGCUACGAUGGCAACAAGUGGAACACUGCCAUCUGCACCAGCGGCCUCACCUGCGCUACCCAGUGCUGCGUUGACGGCGCUGACUACGGCACCACCUACGGUAUCAAGACCAGCGGCAACAGCCUCGACCUCAAGUUCGUCACCAAGCACCAGUACGGCACCAACGUCGGUUCUCGUGUCUACCUCAUGGAGUCCCAGACCAAGUACCAGAUGUUCAACCUCCUCGGCAACGAGUUCACCUUCGACGUCGAUGUCUCCAACAUUGGCUGCGGUCUCAACGGUGCUCUCUACUUCGUCGCUAUGGACCAGGAUGGUGGUCUCUCCAAGUACUCCAGCAACAAGGCUGGUGCCAAGUACGGUACCGGUUACUGCGACGCUCAGUGCCCCCGUGACGUCAAGUUCAUCAACGGUCUCGCCAACUCUGCUGGUUGGGAGCCCUCUUCCAACGACGCCAACGCUGGUGUCGGUGGCCUUGGCAGCUGCUGCGCUGAGAUGGACAUCUGGGAGGCCAACAACGCCGCCACUGCCUACACUCCCCACCCUUGCACCAACAACAGCCAGCACUCUUGCUCCGGCAACUCUUGCGGUGGUACCUACUCCGACGACCGCUAUGGCGGCACUUGCGAUCCUGAUGGUUGCGAUUUCAACUCUUACCGCCAGGGUGACAAGACCUUCUACGGCAAGGGCCUCAAGGUCGACACCGCCCAGAAGAUGACCGUCGUCACCCAGUUCCUCACCAACUCGGCCGGCACCCUCUCCGAGAUCAAGCGCUUCUACGUCCAGAACGGCGUUGUCAUCCCCAACUCCGAGUCCACCAUCCCCGGAAACCCCGGUAACUCCCUUACCCAGGACUUCUGCGACAAGCAGAAGGCCGUCUUCGGUGACGUCGAUGUCUUCAACGCCCGCGGUGGCUUCAAGAAGAUGUCCGAGGCCCUCGCCGCCCCCAUGGUCCUCGUCAUGUCCCUCUGGGACGACCACUACGCCAACAUGCUCUGGCUCGACUCCACCUACCCCGUCGACGGCACCGGCUACGGUACCCAGCGUGGCCCUUGCGCCACCACCUCGGGUGUCCCCUCCGAGAUUGAGGCUUCCGUCCCCAACAGCAACGUUGUCUUCUCCAACAUCAAGUUUGGCCCCAUCGGCAGCACCUUCAACCAGCCUUCCACCGGCGGCGGCAGCAGCACCAGCAGCACCACCGCGCGCGCCACUGCCACCUCCUCCACCACUAUCCGCACCUCCACCACCUCCACCUCGGCUGCUCCCGCCACCACCGGCGCUGCCCGCUGGAGCCAGUGCGGCGGUAUUGGCUGGACCGGCGCUACCACUUGCGCUUCUCCUUACACUUGCCAGAAGCAGAACGACUGGUACAGCCAGUGCUUGUAA